CUAUACAACCUCUGGCCCCUCGCUCUGGCCCGAUGGCUUUCAACCAACAACAACCCAGGUCUAGUNGACGGUUGCCGUAGACGUAAGAGCAAGUGUGUACUACAAGACUCAUUACCUUGCGUGCUGUGUGAAUUUCACAAGCAAGACUGCACAUUCGUCGAGGCUGCUCAACCACGCAAGCGAAAGGUUGACGACUCUGCUGCGUCCAAGGAUACACCAAACGCCAAACGUCCAGGUCAAUCCCCUCCUCCACAACAACAACGUCCUGUCGCCCCUGUGAUUCGCCUGGAGAAGCCACAGCAUGUCCCUCAACCCGUAAGGGGCGUGGUUCUGGGAGACACUCUAAGUUUACAAAGAGAACAACACUGCAGACUCAUUGGACGUACCUCGGCUUUGGACAUUUCUCUUCUUGGAUUCUCGGAUUUUGGCAGUCGUCACGAAACGAACACUGGCUUCGGCAAGAUCAGAAGGGUAGCGAACAGUGAUUUCUUCAGCAUGCAUACCGAUGCCGCAUUUUCAACGUACGAAGAUGAGCUACAAACACUGGUUGCAGUCGAACAAACUGUGGCACCCUAUGGUCCUUCGCUUAUCGACCUCUACUUCCGCAACGUACAUCCCAGCUUCCCUAUUCUUCAAAAGCAUACAUUCAUGGAUCGACAUCGAUGCGGAGACCGCCAAUUCCACUCUGGUUUGCUGGCUGGAAUGUACCUUCUGGCCCUUCGUUGGUGGCAUCGAGACCCUGUGCUUUCCCAACAUCCCAAACCUUCAGUGUACCGUCUUGAGGAACUCGCAGCACGAUCGCUCAGCAUGGCAAUGCAGCACCCCAAGUUAUCUGCCCUCCAAGCUGGUCUGUUGCUGUUGCAAAGGCGACAAUCGACCGACUGGGGUCUCACUGUACAGCUAGUUGCCCUGGCACAAGACCUUGGUCUGCACAUUGACUGUUCAAACUGGGAUAUCCCGAUAUGGGAACGCCGGUUGCGCAAAAGAUUGGCAUGGGCUCUGUACAUGCAGGACAAGUGGACCGCUUUGGUGCAUGGGCGGCCAUCUCAUAUUCAAGCUGCAGAUUGGGCAGUAUCUACUCUUACUCUGGAUGACUUCAAUGAGGAAUUUGAGAAUGCCGACCAACAGGUGGUUGCAGAUGACGAGAACGAGGAAGAGGAGAAGAGCAGAGUUAUCUUCAUCCAGAUGAUCGAAUUGACGAGUAUCAUGGCCGAGGUUAUUGAUGUCUUUUACACUCAGAGGGCCAACGCAGAGUUUGAGAGGGGAGGCCGCAAUGCAACACGUUUGAUUCUGGAGCGUGCAAAGCCAGUUCAACUCAAGCUGAAAGAGUGGUUCUCUAAGUUGCCUGCGGUUGCAAGAAUGGAUGCGUACACGCCAGGAAAGCUAUCCUCGAAUGAUUUCGAUUCACAGACGCAUUGUGCAGUCGCUGCAGCCCUCAUCGACCGAUCCAUACGUCUUGUACAUCUGUCGAUCAGCAGCAAAAACGAGAUUGAUCUCGGCCAUGGACUUUGUCAACCGUCUCAAGCCGGAACACCUCGAUUCGUUCUGGAAAUGGAAGGAAGUGGAGAAGGAGAGUACUGA